AUGGUUUUUGAUAUGAAUUCGUUGGUGGAGUCCGACUGGGCAUGGCUUCCUAAGAACUUACUGGAUGUGAUUAUGGACAGGUUAGAUUCACAAUCGGACUAUGUUCGCUUUGGUGCAGUCUGCAAACCAUGGCGAUUUGUGGCAAUGGAGAACAAAGUUAAAUAUGUUAAAAAUAAAUACCACAUACAAGUUCCAUUGUUGAUGGUCCCUACAAAAGAUAAUAGCGAAGAAAGGCGCAGUCUAUACAAUAUCACCCACAACAAAAUAUAUGAUUUUCAAUUACGGGUACCUUACAAAAAGAGGUGUUGUGGUUCUUCGUAUGGCCAAAUUUUUGCCGUUGAUUAUUGGGGUGGAGUCAUAAGGAUUGAUGUGAAUAGCAGGGACAGGGCACGUAAAGCUCCCAAAGUUAAAAUAAUUGCACUAAGGACCCAAGUGUUUGCAGAACAUACAUAUCUCGUGGAAUCAUCUAGUGGAGACUUGCUUUUUGUGCAACGGUUUAUGAAAGAAAUAGGAGAUGAUUUACAACAUGAAACUUUGGGCUUCAAGGUUUUCAAGCUGCUUGAACUGCCACACAAGAAGGGUUAUGCUAAGCAGAUUCAAGUGAAGAACUUGGGCGGAGACACAAUGUUUUUGGGAGAUAGCCAUUCUACUUGUAUUUCAGCUUCAAAGUUCCCUAGAUGCCAGCCAAAUUCCAUAUAUUACACCGAUGAUUAUUAUAUGUUUUUAGCUUACCCACCGUAUGGGCGCCGUGAUAUUGGUAUCUUCAACGUAGAGAAUGGAAGCUUUGGCACACAUUACAUUCUUGAUCCUUCACAGAGGGUCACGCCGCCUACAAUUUGGAUCGUCCCAACUGUGCUCGGAAAUUGA